UGUUGGAUCCUGUCACGUGGGUUAACAAAAGAGAGGUAUGAACAAAAGAAAUGAGGAUGUGGACAUGGCUAAGGGCGAUGAGCACUGCCUUGUGGGUGUUCCUAUUGGUGCUACUCACUGCUUCUUUUUUGGGAAAGGAGGUUUUUCUAUUACUGGAACUACUCAGGUACCAUGAUCCUGAUCUUUCUAUACAGCCAAGGAAUGGGAUCUUUCUUUGUGGUGCAGAGCUUCAAGUCCCUUUAUCAAAUCGCUCCCUCUAUCCUUUAUAUCUGUUUUUGUUGCUCUUUCUAAGUGUUUGAUGUUUUGUUUGGGAGUUGAACUAGUUGAUAGUACGCAUAGCAGAAAUACUAUGGGCGAUAUCUGGUUCAGGGAGAUGGCAACAAGAUUUCAAUCUUUCCAUCCCUCCAUUUAUGUUCUUUGGUGGGUUCCCUUCCUUCUUAUCAAGUUUCUGCUUUUAUUCUGCCAAGGGGUCCAAUGAGGUUUAUGCAACUCCCUUCACAAUUCCCCUCUAUCAAUUAUUUUUUUUCUGUUCUAGUUUCAGUUGGUGUCUUCUUGGUGUUUGUCACUGGAAAAAGCUUCACGGUAGCCAUUGUUUUAGAGGAAAAGCGUCCUGCAGUAGACAGGGGCACCCUUCUUCUAGUUAGUUACUCUUCUGGUUUGGAUUCCUUCCAAUUUCCAGGGAGCCCAUGUUAUGCUUUCAAUUUCUGUUAUCCUGUUCUGUGAUGAGUUGUCGGUGUUGCUUAGUUUUUGAGAUUUUUUUUUAAGGCCCAUGUAAUUUGGACUACUGAAUUUUGGCUUUAAUGAAUAGUUUCUUCUUCU